UACUAUCAAUAGCAUAAACUACAACAAAAUUUGAAAAGGUUACUUCACUCAGAAGCUCUGAAUAGUAUGCAUGGUUUUAAUGGAUAGUCAGCGAUAUCAGCAGUUCUGUAUUGGUUAGAACAUUCCCGGAUGAGCUACUGAGCACAUGGCUGGUUGAAGUUAUGAGCAGAUGAAUCACUUUCUUCAAAUUUCAACGGUGCAUGCAUGUGCUCAUUGAACUGAAUGAGGAGGCUUACACUAACCCAACUGUGUGUAUCACUUUCUUCAGUUUCACAUUAUCUGAUUAAUGCAAUCCCUAUUUCUUAGUUCUCACUCUCAUUCUCACAUUCAGGAUUUCAACUUGUGCCAUCAUUCUUCCAAAUGAAAGAGAAUUUUUCACAUUUUUCUUAUUCUCUUCAUGAUCAUUUGUCCACAAUUGACCACAUUUUUUGAGGUACACUACAUGAUACAUCCUAUACAAUUCUUUUAGAAGGAGAAUCUUCUUGGCUCAAACACUGACAGAACAGAAGAGAUACUUUGAGCUGAAAACAAAGCAGGAAGGAAUGAAUGCUUUUAAAAAAAGCACUGCAAAAGCAUUCAAAAUCCCAUCCAUUUCCCUCACAAAGAGAUCAUUUCUUACCUGCACACUCAUUGCAUUUCUCUGUUUAUAUUUUUACCUUCUGUCCCUUGCUUCAUCACCAUCACCAGAACCUGAUCAGGUUCCUCAUUCUACAACCCACAUCACUCACCAACCCUCUCUUUCUUCUUCUCCCAAUUUGUCCCCUGUUCCAUCCCCUGCACCUGAUAACUAUUACUCCUCUGUUUCAGUAUCACCUCCUCUGUCCCUAACUCCAAUUAUAUCUCCUGUAAAUCUUCUUCCUCAUUCUAGAUACAUCACCUACCACCCUUCUAUUUCUCCUUCUCCACAACCAGCUCUUUCUCCAUCCCCAUCACCUGAGCUUUCUCAUUCUACCCACAACAACUAUCACUCAUCUGUUUCUGCAUCUCCCCCUCAGUCCCCUGCUCCUUCCCCUGCAUCUGAGCUUCCUCAAUAUUCUACUCACACCACCGACCACAUCUCUCUUCCUCCUUUUCCCCUUUUUCCCAUUUCUCCAUCCCCAGAACCUGAGCUUUAUCUUCAUUCCGAUCACUCCUAUGUUUCUGCACCUCCUCCUGUGUCUCUCACUCAAUCUCCUGCAAUUGAGCUUCCUCAAUAUUUCAAAUACAUCACCUACCAUUCCUCUCUUUCUCCUUCUUCCUCUCUUUCAUUUUCUCCAUCCCCAUCACCUGAGCUUCUUCUUCCUACCCAUAUCACCGAUCAAUCCUCUGUUUCUGCAUCUCCUCCUCUGUCUCUUACUUCAUCCCCUGCACCUGAGAUUCCUCAUUCUAGCAAUAUCACCUACCACUCCUUUCUCCCUGCUUCUCCCCUCCCCUCUCCUCCUGCUCCUUCUUUUCAUCCAGGGGAGAAAGCAUACAAGAGACCAUGUGACUACUUCAAUGGAAAAUGGGUUCGAGACAGAAGAAGCCCUUUGUACAAUGGUACAUGUGGUGUGAUCAGAGAACCCCAGAAUUGCAUGACCAAUGGCAGGCCAGACAUGGGGUAUCUUCACUGGAGGUGGAAACCAAGAAGGUGCAAUCUUCCAAGGUUUGAUCCUGAGACUUUUCUUCAAGUCAUUAGGAACAAACAUGUAGCUUUUGUUGGAGAUUCUGUAGCAAGGAACCAAUUAGAGUCCCUUAUUUGCAUGGUAUCCUCUACUUCAACACCUAAACUUAUCUAUAGAGGUUUGGGUUGGUGGCAUUUUCCUUCUCACAAUGCAACCUUAUCAUCAUAUUGGGCCCCAUUUCUUGUGCAAGGUGUUCAAAGACAACUAAAAGGGCCUGGACCACGUCAUAACACAAUGUAUUUAGAUCAAGUUAAUGAGAGUUGGGAUAGGGACAUGGAACAAAUGGAUCUAAUUGUACUUGGAUUUGGACAUUGGUUUGCUGAUAUUCCUUCAGUUUACUAUGAGGGUGGCUCAAUUUUAGGUUGCCAGAAAUUUCCUGAUCUAAAUUGCACUGAUAUUGGUUUUUAUGUCCCAAUAAGAAAGGCUUUGAGGACUGCUCUUAAUAGCAUAAUUGAGAGGAAAGCAGCUAAAGGAAAUGGAGGUGGAGUCAUUGUGAGAACAUUCACACCUGUUCAUUUUAAAGGUUCUUGGGAUAAGGGAGGUACUUGUUCAAAGACUAAACCUUAUAAACAUGGGGAGAAGAAACUUGAACACAGGGAUGCUGAGAUUAGAAAGAUUGGAAUGGAGGAAUUGCAAAAUGCUAAGGAAAAAGCCAAACAGUUUGGAGGGUUUAGGUUUGAGGUAUUAGAUCUUACCAAAUUGGCAUCAAUGAGACCAGAUGGGCAUCCCGGUGCUUAUAGGAGUCCAUUCCCAUUUGCUAAGGGGGUUCCAAAGAAUGUGCAGAAUGAUUGCACUCAUUGGUGCUUGCCUGGACCUAUAGACACAUGGAAUGAGAUUUUUCUUGAGAUGAUAAAGAAAUGGGAGGAACAAUCAAGAAACGAUGAGUGAUAAUUUCUCCGAUAUAUAUCUAUUGCUAAUUUAUUAUUA